GGUGUUCCAGAAGAUUUGUUGUUUUUUUAUAAACAUAUCCAAAAGGGUGGUGAAGUCUUUCGAGUAAACCAUUGCCUCCUGCUGUACCGUUACCAUCCACAGGCUGCAACUCAUUCCAUCCUAGAGGGAACCAUCUGGAAUCACCGAGUCAGGUUUCUUGAAGACAGAGUCCUGAGCUCCUGGACAUCAUUCACCAUUUGGAACGCUGGCAAGCAAGGCAAGAAGCUCUACAGAAGCUUGUCACCAGCUAAUCGGAAAAAGGUCGCUGCGUUUUGUGACGUUGACGAAAAGAAAAUAACAAAAGGAUUCUACACUUAUGAAGAAUCUGAGGAGAGACCCAAACCGAAAAUUCCUAUACGUCACUUCCGAGACGCAACUCCACCUUUCAUUAUCUGUGUGAAGCUGGAUUUGACAGGUGGAGCAUUUGAAACAAACCUGAACACGCUCAACUUGAAGGAGGGGAUGGAUUAUUAUCACUUUAACUAA